ACGCACGGACGGACGGACGGACGGCCGGGGCCCCGCGCCUGGCGAUGGGCAGCGGCGCGCCCGCGGACCCGGGCUGUGGCAAAGUUUCCCGGCGCGCCUGUCGGGGCGCGCGGCUGCCGGCCACCCGUGACCGCUUCCAGAAGGGGCUCGGAGGGUUUUAAUUUGGGAGGAAAAAAAAAAUCCACCCCGUUUCCUUUGUGAAGCUCCCUGUCUCCGGGUGGCCAGCGGCGGGAGCUCCAAACUUGGGCACGGCGGCUCCGCGGGCAGCAGCCGGCUGCGGAGGACCUCGGCCCGGGGCCCGGGCGAACCGGGGGGCGUGCGCGCGGGGCGGCGCGGGCGCGCGGCGAGGAGGGUGCCCCGGGAGCUCUAUAUGGAGGAGGGGGCCCAGGAUGGUGUGCACCAGGAAGACCAAAACUUUGGUGUCCACUUGCGUGAUCCUGAGCGGCAUGACCAACAUCAUCUGUCUGCUGUACGUGGGCUGGGUCACCAACUACAUCGCCAGCGUGUAUGUGCGGGGGCAGGAGCCGGCGCCCGACAAGAAGCUGGACGAAGACAAAGGGGACACCCUGAAGAUCAUCGAACGGCUGGACCACCUGGAGAACGUCAUCAAGCAGCACAUCCAAGUGCCAUCCUAAGGAGGUGCGGGAGGUACAGUGGAAGCCUCAGGCAGGGGCCUGUAGAUGACCCCAGACAUGUUCUCAGAGUAUGCCCAGCUGGGAGUGGACAUGGACACCACAGUGCUGUCCUCGAGGCUCCUGCCAAGCCUGAGGAGGCAGAGGCUGAGCCCUUCACAGACUCCUCUCUGUUUGCACACUGGGGCCAGGAGCUCAGCCCUGAAGGCCGGCGCAUGGCCCUGAAGCAGUUCCAGUACUACGGCUACAACGCCUACCUCAGUGACCGCCUGCCCCUCGACCGGCCCCUGCCUGACCUCAGACCCAGUGGGUGCCGCAACCUCUCCUUCCCUGAGAGCCUGCCAGAGGUGAGCAUCGUGUUCAUUUUCGUCAACGAGGCCCUGUCGGUGCUGCUGCGCUCCAUCCACUCAGCCAUUGAACGCACACCUCCACACCUGCUCAAGGAGAUCAUCCUGGUGGAUGACAACAGCAGUAAUGAGGAACUGAAGGAGAAGCUGACAGAGUACGUGGACAAGGUGAAUGGCCAGAAGCCGGGCUUCAUCAAAGUCGUGCGCCACAGCAAGCAGGAGGGCCUCAUCCGCUCCCGAGUCAGCGGCUGGAGGGUGGCCACUGCGCCCGUGGUGGCACUCUUUGAUGCCCACGUGGAGUUCAAUGUGGGCUGGGCGGAACCUGUGCUCACCCGCAUAAAGGAGAACCGGAAGCGGAUCAUCUCACCAUCCUUUGACAACAUCAAGUAUGACAACUUUGAGAUAGAAGAGUACCCAUUGGCCGCCCAGGGCUUUGACUGGGAGCUGUGGUGCCGCUACCUAAACCCCCCCAAGGCCUGGUGGAAGCUGGAGAACUCCACCGCCCCGAUCAGGAGCCCUGCCCUCAUCGGCUGCUUUAUCGUGGAUCGGCAGUACUUCCAGGAGAUUGGCCUACUAGACGAAGGCAUGGAGGUCUACGGAGGCGAGAAUGUCGAGCUGGGGAUCAGGGUAUGGCAGUGUGGCGGCAGCGUGGAGGUCCUGCCAUGCUCGCGGAUUGCCCACAUUGAGCGAGCCCACAAGCCCUACACCGAGGACCUCACGGCCCAUGUCCGCAGGAAUGCUCUCAGGGUGGCUGAAGUCUGGAUGGAUGAAUUUAAAAGCCAUGUCUACAUGGCAUGGAACAUACCCCAAGAGGACUCGGGGAUCGACAUUGGGGACAUCACGGCGAGGAAGGCUCUGAGAAAACAGCUGCAGUGCAAAACUUUCCGAUGGUACCUGGUCAGUGUGUACCCAGAGAUGAGGAUGUACUCAGACAUCAUCGCCUAUGGUGUGCUGCAGAACUCUCUGAAGACCGAUUUGUGUCUCGAUCAGGGUCCGGACACAGAGAAUGUUCCCAUCGUGUACAUCUGCCACGGGAUGACACCCCAGAACGUGUACUACACGAGCAGUCAGCAGAUCCACGUGGGCAUCUUGAGCCCCACAGUCGAUGACGAUGACAACCGGUGCCUGGUGGACGUCAACAGUCGGCCACGGCUCAUCGAGUGCAGCUAUGCCAAAGCCAAGAGGAUGAAGCUCCACUGGCAGUUCUCUCAGGGAGGCCCCAUCCAGAACCGCAAGUCCAAGCGCUGCCUGGAGCUGCAGGAGAACAGCGACUCGGAGUUUGGCUUCCAGCUGGUGUUGCAGAGGUGCUCGGGCCAGCACUGGAGCAUCACCAACGUCCUGAGGAGCCUGGCGUCCUGACCCUGCCGGGAGCCGCCCCUGCCCGUCCCUUUGCUACUGUGUAGCACCUGCUGCCUGCUGUCCGUGUGGGGUUGUUUGGAGUCUGGGGGAACCGGGUUAGUGGGACCCCCCCCCAAAAAAAAGAGCUUUUUAUUUCCUAUGUGAUUUUCAUGGAGUUUAUAGAAGGGUGCCGAAUGGUGGGUGAUGGUAUAAUAUCAUAAACUAUUUUGCAACUGUAAAUAGGGGACAAAUGGAAAAUAUUUAUAACUGACAAUAAAAUACUAUUGAUUAAGAAAAGG